AUACAAUGGGCAAGUCGUACCCAACGGUGAGUGCAGAGUACUUGAAGGCACUUGACAAAGCCAAGAGGAAGCUCAGAGGCCUCAUCGAGAAGAACUGUGCUCCUUUAAUGCUUCGUCUUGCAUGGCACUCUGCUGGUACUUUUGACCAGGGCUCAAAGACUGGAGGUCCUUUUGGAACCAUGAGGCUCAAGGCAGAGCAAGGUCAUGAGGCCAACAAUGGUAUUGACAUCGCUAUUAGACUCUUGGCCAUCAAAGAGCAAUUCCCUACUCUUUCUUAUGCUGACUUUUAUCAGCUAGCUGGUGUCGUCGCUGUUGAAGUUACUGGAGGACCUGAUAUUCCAUUCCACCCAGGAAGACAGGAUAAGACAGAGCCACCAGUCGAAGGUCGUCUCCCUGAUGCUACUAAGGGUUGCGACCAUUUGAGGGAUGUUUUCGUGAAACAAAUGGGUCUCUCUGACCAGGAUAUUGUUGCUCUCUCUGGUGGCCACACCUUGGGAAGAUGCCACAAGGAGCGCUCUGGAUUUGAGGGCCCGUGGACAGCUAACCCCCUUAUCUUUGACAACUCCUACUUUACGGAGCUUCUGAGUGGGGAUAAAGAAGGACUUCUGCAGCUGCCUUCAGACAAGGCUCUUCUCAGUGAUCCUGCCUUCCGCCCACUUGUUGAGAAAUAUGCUGCGGACGAAGAUGCUUUUUUUGCUGAUUAUGCAGUUGCUCACCAGAAACUUUCUGAGUUGGGAUUUGCUGAAGCUUGAGCGAUUGAGCAAGGGUUGGGAAUGGCCGCCUGAAUAUGAUUGCCUUUUGCUGUCUGAUGUGGAAAUUAUUAGUUCCUUUUGAGCUACUUUUUGGUUAAAUGAUGUAGAAUUUAGAAAUUGAUGUUGCAGACGUUGAUAAUGGGAACUUUAUGUGGUCGUUCAUAUUCCCGGAAAUAAACUAGAAUGUCUGUCUGUCUUUACUC